AUGAUUGGGAUUCCGCGUGACGACCGGCACAAAAUAACGGUUAAGAUUCACAAUACAAUGAAACGAAGCUCGAGCAGAGACACUCCUCCGCGCGUCAAGAGAAGUAGAUCCUCGAUGGGAAGGUACGAUGAAUCAAGCGACGAGCGUAUCACACCCGAGAGAAUACGCCGACGAAGCAGAGGAGCUCGUAGUCCAAGUCCUCCACCACGGGCGUCAUCACACGCACGUUUUGUAGAGUCUAGUUCACACCGAGAUGAGUAUCUACGAGCACCACCACCACGUGAAUUGCCACCAGAGCGUCCAUACAGCAGCUAUAAAGCCUUGUGCGUCAGUGCUAUUCACCCAAAAGCUAGCGAUGAAAUUAUUAAAGACACCCUAUACCGUGAGUUUAAAAAGUUCGGUGAGUUUUCCAUUAGAAUAGCCCAUGAGCUGGACGAGCGAGUGGCAUUUAUCGUCUUCAGAAGCUCUGAGGAUGCACGAGAUGCUAAGCAUGCCAAACCACGAAUAAUGAUUUACGACAAAAUGGCCAUUGUUGAACCAGUUUACGAAAGACCGGAAACUUAUCGCCGUCCACGUUCAAUUACACCGCCAGAGUAUGAUCGUUAUUAUGCACGCUCUCCAGGACCCGAGAGACACCGGCCAAUAGAACGUUAUGAAAGAGUAUACGUUCCGCCGGUUGGCAUACCGCCGCACCGUGAAAUGCGACGGGAAGCAAUACCACCACCGCAUCAUGAGUUCGUACGACCACCAUUACACCAUGGGCCACCCCAUGUUCAUCAUCCAGGACCGCCACACCACUAUGGGCCACCUAGACACAUGAUGAUCCGUCAUCCUGUCCAUGGAUUUGAGCGCGUUGAAAAUAAAAAAGAUAAAUUUCCGAAUUAUCUCCAUCACGUUUCACCAGAAGAUGACCCAUUGGCUACGCGGACUUUAUUUGCUGGCAAUCUUGAGAUAAAUAUCACUGAAGAGGAAUUACGGCGUAUAUUCAGCAAGUACGGAAUCGUCGAUGAUAUUGACAUAAAACGACCACCACCUGGGACUGGAAAUGCCUACGCAUUCGUUCGUUUCCAGACUCUGGACAUGGCGCAUCGCUGUAAGGUUGAAUUGUCUGGUCAAUACAUUGGUAAGUUCCAAUGUAAAAUAGGCUAUGGUAAAGCAACACCGACGACUCGUAUUUGGGUUGGUGGUCUAGGACCUUGGACUUCGGUUCCACAGUUGGAGCGUGAAUUUGACAGAUUCGGCGCGAUAAAAAAAAUUGAUUACAUAAAAGGUGACAGCAAUGGUUACAUCCUAUAUGAUUCAAUAGAUGCAGCUCAAGCGGCGGUAAAAGAAAUGCGUGGAUUCCCAUUAGGUGGACCUGACAGAAGACUUCGAGUUGAUUUUGCUGAUGUGACUCCAGGUUUUGGAUUCAAACCGCGACCUUAUGCAGAAGAGGGUGGAGAAUUUAGACCACGAGUACCUGUAGACUAUGAACCACCUUACGAAAGUUAUGGUCCUGAAGGAGAAUUCACUUCUUACCCUCCACGAGGAUUCCGUGGUCGAGGAGGCGCACACUGGCACGAUCGUCGAGGGGGCGCGAGUCGCGGAGGUGGCGCUUACCGUGGAACUUAUCCUGAAGGUUAUAUACGUGACGAAACCGAUUGGCCAACUAGGAGACCACCACCUGAAUUGGAGUAUGAGCCACCUCGUGGUAUCAGACGAUCAAUUUCCAGAGAACCAGGUGUAGAUCGAUCGCGCUCAAGAUCACCACGCAGAAGACCCAUGGACUCAGACUCAGACUCGGAGAAUGCACGCACUGGAAUGCUGUCUACCUCACGCACUCUUGUUGAAGUUGCUCGAAAAUCAAUAGCUGUUUGGCAAGGCGCUCUUAUUUUGAAGAACUCACUAUUUCCAGCAAAAUUCCAUCUCACGGACGGUGAUACUGAGAUAAUUGAUGCUCUGAUGAAAGAUGAAGAAGGCAAACACAUGCUAAGAAUCACCCAAAGAUUACGCCUCGAUCAGCCGAAGCUUGACGAUGUGUCAAAACGCAUCCAAACCUCUAGUUCUCAUGCCAUUUUCUUAGGCCUUGCUGGAUCAAGCACUGCGGUCACUAACGACGAUGCCAAUGUACAGACACGGCCGCUCCGAAAUUUAGUGUCUUACCUGAAACAAAAGGAAGCCGCGGGUGUUAUUUCUCUAUUAAACAAGGACACUGAGGGUACUGGAGUACUCUACGCUUUUCCACCUUGUGCUUUUUCCACGGAACUGCUAAAACGGACGUGUCCUAGUCUCAGUGAAGAGGGACUCAAGGAAGAUCAUUUGGUAAUUGUUGUUGUCAAAGGUGGCAGUGCCUAG